AUGAUUCAGCUCAGGUUACAGAAGUCUUACUUCCUGCUGCGACGUUCUCAGCUCAAGCAGCCAGUGGCGCGACAGUCGGCCAGCGCGACAGUGGUCAGUGUCGCGGCCGGGGCGGCGGCGCGCGCGGCAGAGCUGCCGCCCCCGGGGGCAGUGGGCGCCGGGCGCUGGGUGGCGGGCGACACGCAUUCCUGGGAUUGCCAGCGCUGUUAUUUAAUGGCGAGCCCCGCAGCGGCCGCCACCCUGCGACGUUGCCGCGCGCCCAGCCGCACGCGCCACGGCGGCAGCGGCAACGCAGCCCGGGCUCUCUUGUCCGAGUUUUUAAGGAGAGCCGGUCCGCCGGCCGCCGCUGAAUGCCCGGCCCUGGCGGGAGGGGGCGCCGCCGCUGUUGAAAUUGUGGGAGGGGGGCGGGGGGCAGGGGGGCCGGGCAGGUGCGGGCAGAGAAAUCGAGGGAACCGGUUCCCCGCCGCGCCGCGGAGAGGGUCCGCACUGCGCGCCGCGCCGCAGCCAGCCAGCCGGGCAGCUGGCCGCACCGAACAGCCAGGCCGCAGCUCGCGCAGAUUCGCCGCGCGCUCCUCUGCUCCUCUGAUGCCCUACCCCACCCACAGUACACAAGCAGACUCGGGCCGCACAACGGCGAGCCCCAUCUAA